AUGUCUGGGACAUUACCGCAGCCAAACUCCAUCUCAGCACAAGAUGAGCCGGUCGUGGUGGACAUCCGCCCGCUGCUGCAGAGACUGUGGCCAGAUCCGGGAGCAUCUCAGGUCACCGCAAAGGAAAUCGCCGAUGCCAUCGGCCUGAUUUUCACAAACCAGCUCAGUCCAGUCCAGACGGGCUCACUUCUUACCGCCUUGCAUUUCACCGGAUGGGACCGGAGGGCAGACGUCCUGGCCGAAGCCUCGGCUGCCAUGCGCGCCGCCUCGGCCCCCAUUGAUUUCAAGGUUCUGAACGAGGUCGUGCAAAGGAAAGCAAGGAAAGAAGGACGCUACUAUGGCGGACUGUGUGACAUUGUCGGCACAGGAGGCGACUCUCACAACACUUUCAAUAUUUCAACCACCUCGUCCAUUCUAGCGUCGACGCUUCUACGCAUGGGGAAGCAUGGAAAUCGCGCAUCCACCUCCAAGUCUGGCUCGGCCGACUUGCUGAUGUGCAUGACCCCGAGAUCUGCGCCUUUGGCACGCAUCACACCUCGCACAAUCGCCGAGGUGUACGAGAAGACAAACUAUGCCUUCCUCUUCGCUCCCGUCUUCCAUCCCGGAAUGAAGUACGUGGCGCCCAUCCGCAAGGAGCUCGGUUGGCGGACCAUCUUCAACCUGCUCGGACCCCUGAGCAACCCUCUACACGACGCCAUUGAAGUGCGCAUGUUGGGCGUGGCCCGUGAUGACAUGGGGCCAAUCUUUGCAGAAGCCCUGCGUCUCGCGGGUUGCACCAAGGGCUUGAUCGUUUGUGGUGCCGAGCAGCUGGAUGAGAUCUCCUGCGCGGGCGAGUCUCUGUGCUGGCAGCUGGUGCAGAGUCCCGAUGGCGUGGUUGAAGUUGAGCACUUUAGAUUAACACCAGAAGACUUUGGAUUGUCUAGGCAUCCUCUAAACACCGUCUCGCCAGGCAAGGAGCCACACCAGAACGCCGAGAUUCUGCGUAAGAUUCUGGCCAACGAGAUGCCCGAUGACGACCCCAUUUUGGAGUUUGUCCUCAUCAACACAGCUGCCCUUUUUGUGACGAGCGGCAUUUGUGAUGCUGACACAAGCAAUAUGGCCCCCGGCGACGAUGGCAAGGUCAUCACGGAGCGUGGCCCAGGUAACGGCCGCUGGAAGGAGGGUGUGAGAAGAGCACGUUGGGCCAUCAAGAGCGGCGAGGCUUGGAAGGAGUGGGAGAGCUUUGUGGAUGUAACCAAUAGCUUCACCAUGUCGUGA